GGAUGUAAUGAUAGGCACAUGGAGGACAUGAGAUGCAAAAAGCAGCUAAGAGAAAAGCCGAAGGUACACGUAGAAAUCUGUUUAUGAAGAAUGGCCGGUGCAGGCUCCGCCAAGGGGUGACAUGCUCAAGAGGGAAAUGGGGGGGGGAGUGUGAAGGAAUAUCAGAGCAUGUGCAUGUAUCUGAGAGCAAAUGGUGCGGCUUUGGAGAGCACUCUGUGGGGCUGCAAGGCAGGAAGAAUACGUGAGGCAGGCGUGUGGGUUUCGUUGUGAAGAAAUCUGGACUGUGGGGUAAGGCGUGACUGAAAAGGGCCCAAAGGCUGAGAAAGAAACGCAUAUGAGGAGGAAACCAAAUUGCUGGGUUUGUAUUUUUAAAAGGCACAGUGGGAGCACAGCGAAGGGGCACAUGGAAAUGGCUACGAGGGACGCACGGAUUCCCCCAGAACAAGCAGGGUGGGAAAAAUCAUGCGGCUAAACAUGUGAGCCGGCACCCAAAAAAUCUGGAUGCCACACCAUUCCCGACACAGCGUUCAUGGCUGAAUCCACUUAAAAAAUCCAGCGGCCUCCCCAGCCACUCUAGCUCGGGAGAGGGCCCCCCCCUCAACCUCCGAGCGUGUGACGGUCCUCGCGAGCCUUUCUGUCGAGGAGAACCGAGGCCUUGCUUUUGCCGCUGGAUGAAAUGGCGAGUGUCGCUCUGACACAGCUCCUGCCCUGCCAGAAAACAUCCCACCGAUGUGAGGCCCACGUGACUGAGGGUGAUGGGGUGCCCACCUGAACAUCCCGUCCCAGGGACCAAGGGGUCCUGGCCUAGAUUUUGACCUAUAGCAGUUUGGAGGCCUAGGCCUGUGGGGGGGACACGACGGGCAGGCGGUCGGUAACACGCCAGGCUGGAAGUCCACACCCACGCUCCCGCAGGCGUGGGCACAUGACAGAGGCGGGAUACGGUGACGACGGAGCGAAGGAACGAAGGGGAUGCAGAACUAGAAACCAGGGGAGCAACUCUGGGGGAGAUUACAUGACCUGUGUUAUCUUGGACAGGGAAGAAAUGGGAACGGUGGAUGUUCCCCACGGAUGUGCGCAUGAGAUAGAUGACAAUGGGCAUCUAAGGCUAGUGAGACAGGACAGGUCAGGACCUGGGGCCUGGAUGCCCUUCGGAAAGGAUGUACCCCACGGCAUCUGAACAGAGGCCUCCCCCCAAAGCAGCAUGGACCAUAUCGGAUUUUCUCCGCUUCUCUCCCCCCUGCUCACCGCCGCCACCGCCGCCCCCUCCCCGCCCGGCCUGGAAUCACUACCGCCCCUCGGAGAGCAUGAAGGGCCUCCUGGUGGCUCUCCUCGGGAGCGGAGUCCCCGCCGGCUUCGUGGCUCCCUUCACCCACAUAGCCCACGAAGCCUCGGGCAUCCCCUCCUUGGAGAUCCUCCUGUUCCGCUGCACCCUCCACCUGCUCUUUGCCGGCUACCUCCGCUGCAAGAAAGCGCCUUGCUUCGGCCCGACCGAGGCCAGCCGGCGCUGCCUGCUCCACGCCAUCAUCAACGUCGUCUCCAUCGGCUGCGCCUACAGCUCCUUCAUCAUGGUGCCCAGCGGCAACGCCGCCACCGUCCGCAAAGGGUCCUCCACCAUCUGCUCCGUCCUGUUGGCGCUGUGCCUCGAAGAUAGCCGCCUGACCGGUUACGACUGGUUCGGGCUGCUGGGCAGCACCCUCGGCUUGAUCAUCAUGGUGGUUCCGGACGUCCUCAACCUGGACAAAACCACCCAGCUCUACAACGCUUUCGGCUACGCCUUAGCUUGCCUGGGGGGGACGGCUCUUGCUUUGGGUCUGGUCAUCUUUCGGGCGCUGGACUUCCCGCUCAAGCUAAUGACGGUGGCCUUCAUGUUUGGGGUGGUCGGGAGCCUGGUGUGCUUCCCGCUGAUGUUCCUCCUGCAGGAGCCGGUGAUGCCUCUGGACCCCUUGACCUGGACGAACGUGGCCACCAUCAGCUUCCUGGCCCUGGUCUCCUUCUUGUGCGCCAGCUAUGCGGUGACGAAGGCCCACCCGGCUCUUGUGUGUGCCGUCUUGCACUCCGAGGUGGUGGUGACCCUGGCCGUCCAGUACUACGUCCUGCACGAGGCCGUCACGCCCUUUGAUAUCAUGGGGGCCGGAGUCAUCUUGGGAAGCAUCGCCAUCAUCACCGUCCAGAAUAUCAGCUGCGACACGACGGAGGAAGACGAGGAGGACGGAGAAGAUGCCGGGGAGCCCGAGGGGAGCCACUAACGGAUCUGUGUCGCUGGGACAGCUUCACAACACAACACUUCCCGAAACUGGGAAGUGGGGCUGGAAGCAAAGGGAGCCCAGAAUUCGCAUCUGCAGAGGGUCGGGGGCGGCUUGUAAGGCCCUCGGCUGCCGUUAUCUGGGGGUCAGUGAAGACCCACGUCGUGAAAAAAGACUUUUGGCAAAAGGGGAGGGGGAGCAUUCUCAUCUUCUGGAAACCACAGCACAUCCUUCGCUUGCAAACCAUUAUCCUCUCUUUUAAGGAGUCUAAAAGGCAGGCACAUCUCAGAGCCUUGAUUGGCCUGGCAAAUGCUUUUCCUGGAAAACCCAAGCCGUGCGUCACGGAUUCAGAAGAAACCACAAUGAUCCUCAGGCCCUCCCUGAAAGCAUCCCAUAACCUUUGGAAAAGGAAGGAUAAAGGCUUCCUUCUUAACCAUUAGUGAGACCCCCUGGAAAGUUGCUUGCGAAGAGGAGGAAUCACAGCCUGCCGUUCUAAUUGAACCCCUUCUGCGCCGCAUCCCCGAGGGUGGAAAGAUCGUCUCCGACAAUCCAGCAAAAAGAGAGGCUGGAAACGGGGGCAAAGAGAUUGUAUUCAGAUCAUUUAACAGCCAUCCGCUUUCUCAAGGUGGAAAGCAGCAGCUUGGCAGCUGCUGAGGAUUUCCGAGCAAGAGGAAGGGAGAGAGCCCAGAGGCCAAGGACAGGCUCUCACUGGCCAGAAGGCAAGAGGCUAGGCCCUGGUGAGGAGGAGGAGGAGGUGGAAGACCCAAGGAGGUGCAUCACAGAAUGAAGGCUGGGUUACCCACCAUGAGGAGACCCCGCCCUGGGCAAGUGCCCUUGUCCACAGAGCAACAUCCAGCUUUCAAAACAAAGCAGAAAGCAUCC